AUGGGUUCAAUUUCUAUCUCCGAAGCCGACUUCACGGCUACACUUGAAAAAUAUGCCGCUGAAGCACAGAAGCGCCUGCGUGCCGAUGGGGUUGCACAAUACGCUGACAUCGCCCUCAGCGACAAAUUCAAGCACUUUGCCGAAGACCCCUGGGUGCGCGGCGAGGAGAAGCAGCGCGAGAACCCCUACCUCUCACAGCCCGCUCCAGUCCCCAACGGCGGUCAUUCAAAGGUGUUGAUCACGGGCGCUGGAUUCGGGGCACUUCUUUACGCUGUCCGACUCAUCCAAACGGCAGGUUUUAAGGCCGACGAUUUUGUCUUUGUGGACUCAGCCUGGGGAUUUGGCGGUACAUGGUACUGGAACCGAUACCCGGGUCUAAUGUGCGAUGUGGAGAGCUCUUGCUAUCUGCCCUUGCUGGACGAGACCGGCUUUAUCCCGUCACAUCGGUACUCCUACGGUCCGGAGCUGAGACAGUAUGCCGAACUGGUGGCCGAGCAGUUUCACUUUCAGCAUCGUCCGCUCUUCGGUAGCACAAUUCAAGAAACUGUCUGGAACGAGGCCCGCUCCGAAUGGACGACGAAGGUCUUCCGGAAACACCCCGUCACGAAAACGGAGGAGACAUACGUGAUAUGCUCGGACUUUGUCAUCCUCGCAUCUGGCAUCCUGAAUCGACCCAAGCUACCGCGCCUCGCUGGUCUAGACAUCUACGCCGGACACAUCUUCCAUACCUCCCGCUGGGACUACGACUAUACUGGUGGGUCACCGACGGACCCGACACUGAAUCUGUUGCGCGGGAAGAAAGUCGCAUUUAUCGGCACCGGAGCUACGGGCAUCCAGGUUGUGCCAGAGCUGGCGAAAUGGGCUGGCCAGCUGUACGUUUUCCAACGCACACCGUCAGCGGUGGACACACGGGGCCAGAAGAGAAUUGACCCGGAGGAAUGGCGUCAGAAUGUGACCCAGAAUAGAAAAGCAUGGCAGCAGGAGCGCCGAGAGAACAUGGCCGCAUUCGCUUCGCGCGUUCCUGAUCUGCCGACGAAGAACCUAGUCAAUGACGGAUGGACGCAUUUCCCGUCCAACUCCGCAUUACUUGGUGGACCGGCGGUAGCUAACGUGACCGAGUUGAAUGUUGCCGAGUAUGUCAAGCUGCUGCACAAUCUGGAUAUGCCGCGUCAGGAAGGCAUUCGGCAGCGAGUUGAUGCCAUUGUGAAGGACCCGGCUACAGCAGAAGGCCUAAAGCCGUGGUAUCCGGGCUGGUGUAAGCGGCCUUGUUUCCAUGAUGAUUAUCUACAUGCCUUCAACCAGCCGAACGUCCAGCUCGUUGAUACAGUAGGCAAGGGGAUCGACGGAUUUUCGUCAACGGGGGUCCGCUUCAACGGGCAGGAAUACGACGUCGAUAUGGUGAUCCUCGGCACUGGAUUUGAAUCCUUCACCGCGGGAGGGCCAUCGUAUCGAGCCCGAAUCGAUGUCCGAGGCCGCGGCGGGGAAUCUCUAGACGACAAAUGGAAGAAUGGUGCAGGGACUCUCCAUGGUGCGCUCACCAACGGCUUUCCCAAUCUCUUCCUCACUGGCUUUACACAGGCGGGCUCGACGAUCAAUGUCGUCCACACCAUGGAUGUUCUGGGCUCUCACGCAGCAAAGAUUAUUGCGGCCGCGCAGAAAAAAAUCGGCUUGACCGAGAAGCUGGUUAUCGAGCCAACUUUGAAAGCCGAGGAGGCCUGGGCAUUGGCUGUUGCUGGGAACGCCUUUGCAUACGCUGCUAUUCCCGGCUGUACACCCAGCUAUGCCACUCUCGAGGGAGCCCGCAUGCAAGCCCAGACACCGGAAGACAAGCUUAGACUCGCAAAGACACUUUCUUGGGGCAGGGGAAUACUCGACUUUAUAGGUGUUCUUGAGACUUGGCAUAAAGAGAACGGGCUAUCUGAUUUACACAUUUCCAGUACUUGA